UGUUUCUCCCUCCUCCCUCCCUCCCAACCCCAGUGAUGGCUCUCCAACCGUAGUUUUCUAUUCAUCAAUCUCUCUCUCUCUGAUCUCACCUCCAUUUCUAGGGUUACUGAUUCUCGAUCUACAAUCACCACUAGCUUAAUUUUACAGUUUCCGAAGAAAAAAUGCCUCUCAGACUAGAUAUUAAGAAAAAACUAGCUCAGAGAUCUGAAAGAGUAAAGUCUGUUGAUCUGCAUCCUAGUGAACCAUGGAUUCUGGCGAGUCUUUAUUCAGGAAGUGUCUGUAUCUGGAACUACCAGUCACAGACAAUGGUAAAAUCUUUCGAGGUUACCGAGUUACCAGUUCGAUCUUCUAAAUUUAUUGCACGUAAGCAAUGGGUUGUUGCUGGGGCUGAUGACAUGUACAUUCGUGUUUACAAUUAUAACACAAUGGAUAAAGUUAAGGUGUUUGAAGCACACACUGACUACAUUAGGUGCGUGGCCGUCCACCCAACACUUCCAUAUGUGAUAUCAUCAUCUGAUGACAUGCUCAUAAAGCUCUGGGACUGGGAGAAAGGUUGGAUGUGCACUCAGAUUUUUGAGGGGCACUCACACUAUGUGAUGCAAGUAACAUUUAAUCCAAAAGACACCAACACUUUUGCAAGUGCCUCCCUUGACCGCACAAUAAAGAUUUGGAAUCUUGGCUCUCCUGAUCCAAAUUUUACACUGGAUGCACAUUUGAAAGGGGUAAAUUGUGUUGAAUAUUUCACUGGCGGUGAUAAACCGUAUCUGAUUACUGGCUCUGAUGAUCAAACUGCAAAGGUGUGGGAUUACCAAACAAAAAGUUGUGUCCAGACACUAGAAGGUCAUACUCACAAUGUUUCGGCCGUUUCCUUCCAUCCGGAACUUCCCAUAAUUAUUACAGGGUCCGAGGAUGGGACGGUCCGGAUAUGGCAUGCGACCACUUAUAGGCUUGAGAACACAUUGAACUAUGGUUUUGAGCGAGUUUGGGCCGUUGGGUGUAUGAAAGAUUCACGGAGAAUUGUAAUCGGAUAUGAUGAAGGCACCAUUAUGAUAAAGAUCGGAAAAGAAGUACCAGUUGCAAGUAUGGACAGUAGCGGGAAGAUCAUAUGGGCUAAGCAUAAUGAAAUUCAAACAGUGAACAUUAAAAGUGUUGGAGCAGAUGUUGAGGUCACUGAUGGAGAAAGAUUGCCUCUGGCUGUAAAAGAGUUGGGAACAUGUGAUCUUUACCCCCAAAGCUUAAAGCACAACCCAAACGGGAGGUUUGUUGUUGUCUGCGGGGAUGGAGAGUAUAUUAUAUAUACAGCUUUAGCAUGGAGAAAUAGAUCUUUUGGCUCUGCAUUGGAAAUUGCCUGGUCACUAGAUGGCGAGUAUUGUGUCAGAGAAAGUACAUCAAGGAUUAAGAUCUUCAGUAAAACUUUUCAGGAAAAGAAAAGUAUUCGACCAACAUUUUCUGCUGAGCGUAUUUUUGGGGGAACUUUGCUGGCGAUGUGCUCAAAUGACUUUAUCUGCUUUUAUGAUUGGGCUGAAUGCAGGUUAAUUCGCCGGAUUGAUGUCAAUGUCAAAAACGUCUACUGGGCUGAUAGUGGUGACUUGGUGGCAAUUGCUAGUGAUGCUUCGUUCUACAUCCUCAAGUACAAUAGAGAUAUUGUAUCUUCAUAUUUGGAUGGUGGAAAACCAACUGAUGAUCAGGGUGUUGAAGAUGCUUUUGAGCUUCUCCACGAAACAAAUGAACGGGUCAGAACAGGAUUAUGGGUUGGGGAUUGUUUUAUAUACAGUAACUCUACUUGGAGACUUAACUACUGUGUUGGUGGCGAGGUAACUACCAUGUUCCACCUGGAUCGUCCUAUGUAUUUGCUGGGUUAUCUUGCAAGUCACAGUCGGGUUUAUCUCAUAGACAAACAGUUCAAUGUUAUUGGAUAUACCCUACUUCUCAGUUUGAUUGAGUACAAGACUCUUGUGAUGCGUGGAGAUCUGGAACGGGCCAGUCAAAUUCUACCUUCUAUUCCCAAGGAGCAUCAUAAUAGUGUGGCUCAUUUCUUGGAAUCUCGUGGUAUGCUAGAGGAUGCGCUGGAAGUAGCUACUGAUCCAAAUUACAGAUUUGAUUUAGCUAUUCAGCUUGGAAAACUAGAUGUUGCAAAGGCCAUUGCUGUUGAAGUAAAGAGUGAAUCAAAAUGGAAACAAUUGGGAGAAUUAGCUAUGUCCUCCGGAAAGUUGGAAAUGGCUGAGGAAUGUUUGCAGUAUGCCAUGGAUUUGAGUGGUUUGUUGCUUUUAUAUUCUUCUCUUGGAGACUCAAAGGGAAUAACAGAACUUGCAUCACUUGCUAAAGAGCAAGGGAAGAACAAUGUAGCAUUUCUUUGCCUAUUUAUGCUUGGUAAAUUAGAAGAGUGUCUCCAGUUAUUGGUCGACAGUCACCGUAUACCUGAGGCUGCGUUGAUGGCGCGAUCAUAUCUUCCUAGCAAGGUUUCAGAGAUAGUAGCACUUUGGAGAAAAGAUCUGAAUAAGAUUAACCUAAAAGCUGCAGAGUCCUUGGCUGAUCCCGAGGAAUACUCUAACUUGUUCGAGGAUUGGCAAAUAGCCUUGUCCGUUGAAACCAAAGUUGCAGAGAAAAGGGGUUCUUAUCCUCCUGCCGUAGAAUACGUAAGUUAUUCUGAAAGAACAAAUGUCAACCUUGUGGAAUCAUUUAAAAAUAUGCAACUGGAAGAAGGAGAAGAAGAAGAAGAAGAAGAGGCACUGCAAGAAAACGGAGAUGUGGAUCAUGAGGAGGCGAAGGAGAACGGAGCAGAAGGACAAGAAGAGAAUGGAGAAAAUGGAGAAGAAGAGGGACAAGAAGACGCUGUUGAAGUGGAUGCCGAUUCUAUUGAUGGUGCUGUGCUAGUCAGUGGUAAAGAGGCUGAAGAAGAGUGGGAUCCGAAUAACGACGGAACACUUUCAGCCUAAAAGUAGAAGCAAUUGAAAGGGAAAGAGUGUCGCGGCCAAAUUUUGUUUUUGGUUAGCUGCUGAGUAACCUUGCUGCUCAUAGUUAUGAGAUGUAACAUUCUAAGAACAACAUAUAUAUAUAUAUAUAUAGCCGAUUCAGCCUGUUUUUUCCAUUUUUCAUUUUCUUAUAGCUUUUUCUUUUUCUGUCUUCCAUAUUUUUGUUGUAAACAGAUUGGUUGUGUGUAUUAAAUCAAUAGGUGGAGAACAACACAUUCAAACCCAUCUACUGUUUUUUCAUAUGGAAACCCAUGUAGUGAUUGAGGGUUGGGGUCCUGAUCAUUUUACUCAAAUACUUGAUCCUUCUACUCAAAUAGAAAAAUAAAUAUAAAUUUCUUUUGC